UUUUUUUGAAUCGUUGAAUCUCGAUAUAGUGGGCGGUUCAUUUUCUUUAUCUUUUUUACAAUUUUGACUAUGUAUACAUAAUUUUAUUCUUAAUAUUUUAAUUUCCUUUUUAUUCAUUUUCUCCUUUCUUCACUAUUUUAAAUUCCCUUUAUAAGAAUUUUAAAAAUUAUUAUUUCGCAUUUUUUAUUUCAAGUUUUGCCUUCUUCUGCUACUUCUAAUUUAUUUGAAGACAAAAAUAUAAAUAAUAAUGACCUUUCUGAAAAAACACAAAUAUAAAGAACAAGCAAUUUUAAUUGUUAAUUCUUAUAAAGAGCAAUUAGAAGCUAAGGAAAAAACUUUAAAAGAAUAUAGGGAAUUAGUUGAACAAUUAAAAACACAAAAUGAGCAACAAAAACCUUUGAUAGAAACAACACAAGAAUUAAAAGAAAAUUUGCCAACAAAAAUUCAAAAUCCUCUCAAAACUUCAAAAGAAGUUUUGAUUGAAGAAUCGCGGUCAGAACAGUGGGAAAGAAGAAUAAAUUUACUUGAGGGACGUUUACGUUUAUUGGAAACAGAAAAUUCUGAAUUAGAAAAUGAAAGGAAAAGACUUGUGGAUAUUUUGAAUAAACAAAGAGAUUUAGUUAGAAAUCGAAAAAAUAUACAAACACAAGUAAAUUUUGAUGUUGCUAAAAUUGCUAAACAAAAAACAACAAAUAAAAUGGAAAUUGAGCAAAACCAACCAAAAAAUGAAGAUUUAAUUAAAAAUCCAUCACCAAUUUCAUCCCCAAUACCCCCACAAUCUGAUAAUGAAGAUAAUCAAGAAGAAGGAGAAGAAACAAAAAGAGAAAGCCAAACAGAAGAAGACAAAACAGAAGGGGAAGUCAGUGGGGCUGGAAGUUCAGAUUCUGGUACUGUAGUGGAUGAUAUUGGGCAAAAUAGAGGAAGAAGAAGAAAAAGCAUUAUUUCAGGCUCUGAAAAAUUAACUCGAAGUAAAAGCAGCACAGCCGCUACUCGAACAAUUCCAACUAGAACAGAAAUUAGAAAACCAGAUGAUUUGGAGAAUUUAGUUUUGAAACAUCGAAAUGAGACAAGGCGGUUAAGGAUGCGUUUAAUUGAAUUAGAGAGGAGAAAUAAGGCAAGAAAAAAAAUUAAAUUUUGGAAAAAUAUAAAUUUAAUUUUCAAGGAAUUAUCAGAGGAAUAUAACUCUCUUAGAGAAAGGUCCAGAAUAUCUGUUAGGCCUCUCCGUCAUGUAGAUUCUAGCACUAUAGAGACAACACUUAAAAAAGAAAAUAAUAGAAUAUCAAAAGAAAAUUCUUUAUUAAAUAAGUCAAAUGAAACUUUAAAAACUGAAGCAGAACAAUUAAAAGAACGUUUAAGACGUGCUGAAAUACAUAGCAAGGCAGGUGCAGAACUUUGGGAAACUCGAAAAAAACAUGAACAAGCAAUGGCUAACAUACGUAAACGUUUGACUGAAGCAGAAGCACGUGAACGUGAAUUACAUGAAAGAUUAGAAAGAAGAGAAAGACAUAUUGAACAAAUGGGGAGAGUACAAAGUGAUAAAUUGGCUGAUAAUGAUAAAUUAAAUAUAGCUUUGCGUCAAUGGAGAAUUGAAAGAGAAGAAUUAACAAAGAAAACAAUUAGAACGGAAGAAGAAAAACAGGCAAUAAAUACACGAUAUUCUGAAGCAAUAAAUCGUUUAGAUUUAUUAGCGAAGGAAAACAAAUCAUUACAAAAAAGAAUUGCUCAUUUACAACAAAAUGAAUUAAAAAUAUCCGAACAAUUACAACAAACACAAAAACAAAUAAUUGAAGAUAAAGAAGAAAAGAAGAAAGAAUUAAAAGAAAUAAAUACACAAACAGACGAUUUAAUUAUUCCCUCAUUUUCAAUUCCUCCAACAACACCUAGAACAUUUUUGGAAAGUGAAAGAGAAUUUACUAUUUUAAGAGAAAGUCAAUUAAAUGAAACAAAUAAAUUUAGUAAAUUUAUUGAAGUUGAGGAAAGAGAAAGAAAAUUAAAAAAUGAAAAUAGAGCUUUAAUUAAAGAUUUAAGAAAGGUAGAUUUAUUAAGUAUAAUUAUGAAUUAA